CAGGUUGGAACGGCAAUAUUUACCUAUCUGCUGUCAAACACAAUUGUCACGUAAAAUUGAAUUAAUUUAUAUAAUAAUGAGUGAUUCUGAAACUGAACAAUUGAAUUCUGAUUAUGGGGUCAAAAAUAGACUUUUCGAUGAAAGUUCUGAAUGUGAAUUAAAAAUUGAAGAUGUGGACAUCGUUAAACAGUUCAUCGGUGACUAUGAAAUAUAUAUGGAAGAAGGCCUGAAUUACAAGGAAAAACAUCCAUGUUCAGACGGAAACAUGCCCGAAAAAUCAUCUAAAAAUCAUCAUAUGGAAAACGUUGAAACUUCAACUGACGAAGCAUAUGUCAAAAAUCUCAUAGAGUCCAUGCAUUUGAAGAAAAAUAUUCAUAAAUGUCACUUAUGUGACUUUGCUUCAGUUUAUGAGCAUGUCCUUAAAGUGCAUAUAGAUUCCAUCCAUUUGAAUAAAAAGGAGCAUAAAUGUCACUUAUGUGACUUUGCUUCAGCUUAUAAGCACAACCUCAAAGUCCAUCUAGAUUCCAGCCAUGCGAAUGAAAAGAAGCAUAAAUGUCACUUUUGUAACUAUGCUUCAACUCAUGAACGUGACCUCAAAGUCCAUAUAGAUUCCAUCCAUUUGAAUAAAAAGGAGCAUAAAUGUCACUUUUGCAACUUUGAUUCAAAUUCAAGGCACCAACUCAAAUGUCACAUAGAUUCCGUCCAUCUGAAUAAGAGAAAGAAUAUAUGUACCUUAUGUGACUUUGCUUCAGCUCAUAAACGCGACCUCAAAGUCCAUAUAGAUUCCAUCCAUUUGAAUAAAAAACGUCAUAAAUGUCACUUUUGUAAGUUUGAUUCAAAUUCAAGGUACCAACUCAAAUGUCACAUAGAUUCCGUCCAUCUGAAUAAGAGAAAGCAUAUAUGUCCCUUAUGUGACUUUGCUACAGCUUAUAAAAGCUGUCUCAAAACCCAUAUAGAGACCAUCCAUUUGAAUAAAAAGGAGCAUAAAUGUCACUUCUGUAACUAUGAUUCAAAUUCAAAGUACGCCCUCAAAUGUCACAUAGAUUCCGUCCAUCUGAAAAAGAGAGAGCAUGUAUGUCCCUUAUGUGACUUUGCCUCAGCUUAUAAGUAUGGUCUCAAAAACCAUAUAGAGUCCAUACAUUUGAAUUUAAAGGAGCAUAAAUGUCACUUUUGUAAAUAUGAUACAAAUUCAAAGUACAACCUUAAAUGCCACAUAGAUUCCGUCCAUCUGAAUAAGAGAGAGCAUGUAUGUCCCUUAUGUGACUUUGCUUCAGCUUAUAAAGGCCGUCUCAAAUGCCAUAUAGAGUCCAUUCAUUUGGGUGAAAAGUAGCAUAAAUGUGACUUAUGUGACUAUGUUUCAGCUCAAGGAAGUAAUCUCAAGCAAAAUAUAUACUUUGUCAAUUUGAAUAGAAAACAUUUGUAAUAGUAACUAUAAUAU